UUUCCCCGCCAUUCGCCCACUCUCUCUCCACCCCCAUUUCUCUCUCUAGGGCAAACCUUGUUUCCCCAAGUUAUUCAAACUCAAAUUGCUCGUCAAUCGCUAGUUUCUCCGCUCAAUUCUCCUUCUCGAUGUCAAAUCCCGCCGGCGGAGGCGGUUUCGGGGGGCACCACAGGGGCAUAACUCUCUCGAACACAGUUCACUCGGAGGUUGCGCCGUGCCUGCCGCUGCCCUCGCUCCCAGUAUUCUGCGGCGGGCGCGAUCAGGAACUUCGCCUAUUCGACAACCGCGGCGGCGCUUCCAGGAGGAAUGCUAGCGGCGCUGAUGUGGCGGGAAGGAUAGCUGAUCUCCUCCGCAAUGCUGAUGUAUCUUACUUGAAUCUUAAAAAUGAAGAAAGCAUUCAACCAGAUGGUUAUGUGGGAAAGUUAAAUAUAACCAAUGAUGUUUUGAGACAUGAGGCAGAAUCACUUGAAUAUGUCUCUCCAGGUCCUGGUAUGGAGUCAACAAAUCGAGGUAAUUUGACCCAAUCAAAGUUCUUUGAGCGGAGCAUGCCUGCCAUAAAUCAAGUGCCAACUGACUCAUUAGGGACAACCAAUUAUCAGCAAGAUCACAAUGCUAAUAAUGAUAUUAUUAACUCUUCCCGAAAACCAAAAGUGAAAAGGAGAACAAAAGCUGACAUACCGUCAGCACCUUGUCCUGAUUCCCGUGAGGGUCAAGAUGCAGCUGUAGGGGGAUUUUGUGAAUGGUUGGAGGACAUAUGUAACAGAGCAGAAAUUCCUUCUGAUGACAGAGAAGAAACAGAAUGGCAAUCGUUGACCCAAUCUGAUCUUAAGGCUCUAGUCAAUGAAAUCAUGUCAAUUCGAUCUAAGAAUUUACUCCACAUAGUUCCAGCUGACACUCUUUCAAGGAUGUUAAAAGUUUUAGAUCGCCAGAUUCAUCGAGCAGAAGGACUUUCAAUAGAUGAUUGUGAGAAGUUGGAUGCUGAGGUGGUAUCAUCCCUUUAUUGUGCUCUGGAGUCAAUUCAUGCAGCUUUAGCUAUUAUGGCUCAUGAUGGCAUGCCUAAACAGAUUUACAAGGAAGAGUAUAUUGAAAGGAUCUUGGAUUUUUCAAGACAUCAAAUUUUGGAUGUUAUGUUUGCAUGUGAUCCAGCAUAUCGGGCCCUACACAAACCCAAUUAUAAUUUGGAUGAUGAGGAAGAUGAUGAAGUUGAGGAUUUUGGCUCAAGCAGUAAGAAGAGGCGAAUUUCUAAGAGUGUAAGAGUUAGAAAAUCAACAACAAACCGGAUGUCUGGUACAGUAAACAUUAUUGUUCAGAAAUUGUGUACCAUUGUCAGUUAUGUUAAGCAGCUGUUGUUGAUAGAACGCUUAUCAGAUAGUUGCAUUCUGCAACUUGUGCGAACUAGUUUACAGACUCUUUUGGUGGAUAAUAUCCAGCUUUUGCAGCUGAAAGCUAUCAGUUUAAUUGGUGGGAUUUAUUACAUGUACACUCAGCAUCGGACAUAUAUGAUGGAUGAAACUAUUCAAAUACUUCUAAAGCUGCCGCUUUCUAAAAGAGUACCAAGAACUUAUCAUCUUCCGGAUGAAGAACAAAGGCAGAUUCAGUUAGUCACUGCUCUAUUGAUUCAAAUGAUUCAUCAUUGUGCAAAUCUUCCUGAAGUCGUGAGGCUAACUCCUGGAAAUCCUUCACUGGACAUUUCUAUUGAUGCUGAUUACCCCUCUAAAUGUCAUGAGGCAGUUACAGAGUCAUGCUGCCUCUUUUGGAGUCGAAUUCUUCAGCGGUAUACAAGCACAAAAAAUCAGGAUGCAUCUGAAGUGAAGUCAAUGAUGGAAAAUCUUGUGAUGGAUUUGCUCACUACUCUGAACUUACCGGAGUAUCCAGCUUCAGCUCCUAUUCUAGAGGUUCUGUGUGUAUUACUACUUCAGAAUGCUGGGCCGAAAUCAAAAGAUACUUCUGCCAGAACAAUGGCCAUUGACCUUCUCGGUACAAUUGCUGCAAGGUUAAAACAUGAUGCGGUAGUAUGUAGGAAUGAAAAGUUUUGGAUCGUACAGGUCUUGAUGGAUAGUGAAAAUAGUGACCCUAGCUAUCUGAGAGAUGUCUGUGCUAUUUGUUUGGAUUCAACUGCUGAAAGGGCUAGUCUCGAAUGUCAAGGCUGUCACAGGCCAUUCCAUCUUGAUUGUAUAGGAGGAAGAGAGCAGGAUGUUUCUUCUCGAACCUUUGAUUGUCAGGUUUGCUUAUGCGAGAAACAACUUCUUGUGUUAAAAACGCAUUGUGAGUCCGAAUCAAAGGAUGACCAGAAACAAAAUCGUAUUUCCAAAAAAUCUUCCCGAGCUUCAUCCUCAGUAACAAAACAGGAGAUUAUUCAACAAAUGCUCCUAAAUUAUUUGCAGGAUGCAGGGUCUGCAGAUGAACUAAACCUCUUUAUGCGCUGGUUUUAUCUUUGUCUUUGGUAUAAAGAUGAUCCUGCUUCUCCACAAAAGUUCCUCUACUUCCUUGCGAGGAUGAAAUCAAGGGAAAUUCUGCGAGACUCGUUUUCUUUUUCUUCUCUUCUGACAAGGGAUUCAGUGAAAAAAAUUACUCUGGCAUUGGGUCAAAAGAGUUCCUUUGCUAGAGGAUUUGACAAGAUACUUCAAGUGCUUUUGGCCGGCCUGAGGGAGAACUCACCAGUGAUUCGUGCUAAGGCAAUGCGAGCGGUUAGUAUUAUUGUAGAAGCAGAUCCCGAGGUUUUGGGUAACAAGCUUGUGCAAACAGCAGUUGAAGGGAGGUUUUGUGACUCUGCUAUAUCAGUAAGAGAAGCAGCACUUGAGCUUGUUGGAAAGCACAUUGCUUCACAUCCUGAUGUUGGUAUAAAGUAUUUUGAGAAGGUAGCAGAGAGGAUUAAGGAUACUGGAGUAAGUGUCCGAAAACGAGCUAUUAAAAUUAUCAAGGAUAUGUGUACCUCCUCCACUGACUUUUCACAGAGCACCACUGCUUUUGUGGCGAUAAUUUCUCGUAUCAAUGAUGAAGAAUCCAGCAUACAGGACCUGGUCUGCAAGACAUUUUAUGAGUUUUGGUUUGAGGAGCCUUCUGGUUGGCAAAACCGUACUUUCAAAGAUAACAGUUCGGUUCCUCUAGAAGUGACUAAGAAGACAGAACAGGUUGCUGAGACUUUGAGAAGGAUGUCCAGUCACCAACCCCUUGCUAUUGUCAUUAAAAGAAUCUUAGCCCUUGAUUUCUUUCCCCAAUCUGCUAAAGCUGCUGGGAUAAACCCUGUAUUACUUUCAUCCGUACGCAGGCGCUGUGAGCUAAUGUGCAAGUGUCUGCUGGAAAAAUCAUUGCAGGUUGCUGAGACAAACAGUGAGGAAGGAGAAGUCCGCAUGCUUCCGUAUAUUCUUCUAUUGCAUUCAUUCUGUCUGGUGGAUCCUACAUUAUGUGCACCAGCCUCUGACCCUUCACAGUUUAUUAUCACACUACAACCAUAUUUGAAGAGUCAGUCUGACAAUCGAGUGGCUGCUCAGAUGCUGGAGAGCAUAUUGUUUAUAAUUGAUUCUGUCUUGCCAUUAUUGCGGAAACUUCCUGAGACUGUUGCGGAGGAACUUGAACAAGACCUCAAACAAAUGAUAGUGCGACACUCUUUCCUGACAGUUGUCCACGCUUGCAUAAAAUGUUUAUGCUCUGUGGGGAAAGUAUCAGGAAAAGGUGCAAGUGUUAUUCAGUAUCUUAUCCAGUUGUUCUACAAACGUCUGGAUGCAUUGGGGUUUGAUAACAAGCAGCAAGUAGGUAGAUCUCUGUUUUGUCUUGGGUUGUUGAUACGCUAUGGUAGCCCAUUGUUGGAUAUGUCUGCUUUCAACCCAAGAAACAUGGAUGUAGCAAGCAAUAUCAACUUAUUCAAAAAGUAUCUUCAGGCUGAAGACUUCAUCAUUAAAGUUAGGGCAUUACAGGCUUUAGGUUAUGUUUUUAUUGCUUGUCCUGAAUGUAUGCUGCAAAAGGAUGUUGGUAAAAUUUUGGAGGCAACUUUGUCCACCAGUGCUGAUGUUCGUCUGAAGAUGCAAUCACUACAGAACAUGUACGAGUAUCUUCUGGAUGCGGAAAGCCGAAUGGAGAAAGAUAAAGCUAGCAAUGAUGUUAAUAAUCCAUCUGCUGAUGGUACCAGUGUCCCCGUUGCUGCCGGUGCUGGCGAUACUAACAUUUGUGGUGGUAUAGUUCAGCUAUAUUGGAAUAGUAUCUUAGCAAGAUGUCUGGAUGCAAAUGAACAUGUCCGUCAAGCUUCUCUCAAGAUUGUUGAAAUUGUGCUGCGCCAAGGUCUUGUACAUCCUAUUACUUGUGUACCGUAUCUCAUUGCACUUGAAACAGAUCCGGAGGAAGUAAAUGCAAAGUUGUCUCAUCAUCUCUUGAUGAAUAUGAAUGAGAAGUAUCCAGCUUUCUGCGAAAGCCGUCUUGGUGAUGGACUUCAUUUGUCAUUUAUUUUCAUUCGUACCAUGAGUGGAGAUCUCCCUGAAAUGUCCAAUAAUAAGUCCCCAGCCAAAUUAUUUAACAAUAUUAAGGGAAAAGGAGAUGUUGGGUCUUCAACAUUUGCGCGGCAUGGUGUUGCUCGAAUCUAUAAGCUCAUUCGUGGAAAUCGUAUUUCAAGAAACAGAUUCAUGUCCUCCAUUGUACACAAAUUUGAAACACCGACCUGCAGUGAUUCUGUGAUACCGUUUCUAAUGUAUUGCGCAGAGAUUCUUGCUCUACUACCUUUCACAUUACCUGAUGAGCCUCUUUAUUUGAUCUAUACUAUAAACCGAGUGGUACAAGUUAGCUCGGGGGCAGUAGAAUCAAACAUUAAGGACUUUUUGCAUUUAUUACAAGGAAAUGUUCAUAAAACCAAUGGGAAUGGGAUGGUACAAGCCGCUCAACUUGGUAGCACUACAAACCCUGGUAGUGAAAGAAACAUGGCAACUGAGGGGAACCUGACACUACCCAUGGAGUUACCGAAUCAUCUUUAUGGGGAAGAAUCAUGUAAGGAUCCAAAUACAAAUCCCAUACCCUCGAGAGAUCCCUAUACCAUCUCUGCAAGUGAUUUUCAGAAAAUCCAGGCCAACUUUCUAGCAGCUGGAGCACUGCAACUGCUUUUAAAGCUCAAGAGGCACUUGAAGAUUGUUUAUGGCCUAGAUGAUAUCCGAUGCCAGGCAUUUUCUCCUACUGAACCGGUUAAACCAGGCGAAAGUUUAGGACGGCAGAAUAUUCCAUUCACUAUCAGUGAUAUUAAUAUUGACCCUCCCAACACAUACGAAGACGUCAUGCGGAGAUAUCAGGAAUUCAAGAAUGCCUUGAGGGAAGACACGGUUGACUAUUCAACCUACUCAGCAAACAUCAAGAGGAAACGGCCACCCUCCACGAGUGCAAGACGAGGGAAGGCUGUCCGAAUGGCAGAUAUGGAUGAUGAAGAAGGCUAUGAUGAUGAAGAUUGGGGUAACAGUGUGGGCAGGAUGAACAAGAGUGCCGGCAAGAGAGGUAGUUACAUGAGAACGAGGCAGCGACAACAGUUGUAAGUACUUAACAGGUAAAAGCUAACAUGUACAGCUCAUAGAAUGGGAGUGGAGCGAAAGUUUAGAAGUUCCCUAGAUUGAAAACAGCCCUAUUGAUCAUAAUUAGUGUUCAUCUGUUCAUAGUAGUUAUUUUGUUACUACAAGAAGAAUAUUACUAUAGAAUAGGGAAAUUGAAAUUUGUUACUCUAUCCCUAGGGAACAUGGGGAAAUUUUUGUUUGUUUAGGGCGAUGGCAGUUGUACAUUAUGUUGAUAUAAUCUCAUAAUGAAGUCAUCUCCCUUUAUCAUUUGUUUGUGUAAUACUCAUUUUUUUAGUUGUUUUGAAUAGUAAAAUAAUCUUGGGCUCCUGAUUCA